AUGGGCAACCCACGAGCGAUACAAUUCCUUUUUGAUACCGUGGCCCAUAAGAAACCUGAUUUUAUCUUUUUGUGUGAAACUUUGUGUCGUAAAGAUGUGUUGGAGCGAGUUCGAGUGAAGCUGAAAUUUGAAGGAGUGUUUGCGGUUGAUGCAUGUGGUAGAGGUGGGGGGGGGGGGUUAGCUUUAUUAUGGAGGAAUAAGGAUGAGGUCAAAGUUCUGAAUUUUGCAACAAACUUUGUUGAUGUGGAGGUUCGGUCUAGUAAUAUUGGGGAGUGGCGUCUUACGGGAUUUUAUGGGGAGUCGAAAAGAAGUCUGCGUGGGUCUUCUUGGGAGCAACUUCGGACUUUGGCUCAUGGGAACACUCUUCCUUGGUGUGUGAUUGGUGAUAUGAAUAAUGUUCUCUCUCAGGAUGACAAAAGAGGGGGACACCCCUAUCCUAACUGGUUAAUUGAUGGUUUUCGGGAUAUUAUUCAGGAGUGUGGGUUGAUUGACUUAGACAUUUUAGGGCAUCAGUUUACUUGGGAGAAGAGUCGUGGGACGGAUAACUGGAUAGAGGUUCGUUUAGAUCGUGCUCUGGUGACUGAAAGAUGGCUCCAACUUUUUCCUCAAGCCAAACUUAUUAACCUUGAGGUAUCUUCUUCUGAUCAUUGUCCUAUUUUACUUGAUGUGGUUAUUCAUAAUAUUGUUCCUGGGAAUCGUAAAUUCCGAUUUGAAAAUUGUUGGCUUCGGGAACCACUCUGUUAUCAAGUAGUGAAGGAGUGUUGGGAGGAGUAUCAUUUAGUGGGUAUCCAAGAAAAGCUCCAAAGGUGUGGGGAGUUGCUUUCGGUUUGGGGCAAAGAUUACUCAGGUAAUUUUGCUUCUCGUAUAAAAUAUUGGAAGAAUGAGGUUCGACGGUGGAAACAAGGUAGAGAUCCUGAUGCGAUUGCUAAGUAUAAGGAGGCUGAGACAGAACUAUUUGAGGCUCUUACUCAGAAGGAGGUUUUUUGGCGCCAGCGAUCGAAGCAAUUGUGGUUACAAGAGGGGGAUAAAUAUAGCAAGUUCUUUCAUGCCACUGCAUCUUCUCGGCGCCGCAUGAAUGCUAUUGAUAAACUUCAGUGUGAAGAUGGAAGUUGGGUUGAUUGGGACUCGGGCUUAUCUGAUGUUAUGUGCUCUUACUUUCAGAAUCUGUUCACUAGUUCCAAUUGUUCUAUGGAUGAUGUUAUUGCUGGGAUUUCUACAACUGUGACUCAUCUGCAGAAUGAUUCUCUUUUGCAACCUGUGACUGAUGAAGAGGUUAAAUCGGCAUUAUUUCAGAUGCAUCCUGAUAAAUCCCCUGGGCCGGAUGGUAUGACUCCUGGUUUUUAUCAAAAGUGUUGGGCAAUUGUGGGUGAUGAUGUCAUCAAACAGGUCCGCUCUUUUUUCUUAUUUGGUCGUUUGCUGAAUGGUCUUAAUCAUACAAAUGUGGUGUUAAUCCCUAAGAAGAAAACCGCCAUUACUAUGGGUGAUUUGCGUCCGAUUGCUCUUUGUAAUGUCCUUUAUAAGGUGUGCUCUAAGGUUCUAGCUAAUCGGUUGAAGCAGGUUCUUCCUUUUGUCAUCUCAGAAAACCAAAGUGCUUUCAUUCUGGGCCGACUUAUAACUGAUAAUAUUAUGAUUUCGUUUGAGGUAAUGCAUUAUCUUAAGCGGAAGAGAGUUGGAAAGGAAGGUUAUAUGGCUCUUAAGCUUGAUAUGAGUAAAGCGUAUGAUCGUGUUGAGUGGCUUUUUCUCAGAAAUAUGAUGAUCAAAAUGGGCUUUGAUGUUCGGGUGGUUGAUCUUAUAUUGCAUUGUGUCUCAACGGUCACAUACACUAUUACUCAUGGGGGUCGUGAGAUGGGGCCAAUUGUUCCUGGAAGGGGUCUCAGACAAGGUGAUCCUCUUUCUCCUUAUUUAUUUCUCUUGUGUGCUGAAGGUUUUUCUUCUCUUAUAAGGAGAUUGGAAGCUAGGGGAGCUCUUCAUGGUUGUCGUGUGUGUAAUGGUGCCCCAAUUAUUUCACAUAUGCUGUUUGCGGAUGACUGCCAUAUCUAUUGUAAGGCUGUUGAUAGGGAGGCACAUAGUGUUCUUCUUUUGCUCCGGCUAUUUGAACAAGCCUCUGGUCAGUGUGUUAAUUACUCAAAGUCUACUAUUUUCUUUAGUCUCAACACUACUUCGGCUUCCAAACAAGAAAUGUGUAACCUUCUCCGUAUGAAUGAAGCUCUAGAGAAUAGUUUGUAUCUUGGUCUUCCCUGUGUCAUGGGUCGUAAUAAGAAUGUCAUUCUUGGUUUUCUGAAGGACAAGAUGCAGAAAAGAAUUCAUAGUUGGGAAGGUCGUUUGCUUUCAAAAGCGGGUAAAGAGGUGUUGAUCAAAACAAUUGCCCAAGCUCUUCCUACUUAUGCUAUGUCGGUGUUUUUGUUGCCAGUGGAAACUAAUCGUGGGGUGAGUUGGGCAAGUUGGAAUAAGCUGUGCCGUCACAAGCAUCAUGGUGGUCUUGGCUUUCGACAUUUACGGGAUUUUAACUUAGCCAUGUUGGGAAAACAAGCUUGGAGGUUAGUCACACAAGAUCACUCUCUUGUUAGUAGGGUGUAUAAGGCCUGUUAUUACCCUCAUGGGUCUUUUUUGAGAGCUUUUCUUGGGCCAAAUCCUAGUUUCAUAUGGAAGAGUAUUUUUGAAACACAAGAUUUGAUCAAGAAAGGGGCUCGGCGGGUUGUUGGUCCAGGCACAAAUGUUAGUGUUCAGUUUGAUCCUUGGCUUGCAGAUGACUCCAACCCGUGGGUUACUUCUACGGUUGAGGGUAUGGCGACUUGGACGGUUGACAACCUUAUGGUGGUGGGUGAUCGGGUUUGGGAUAUUGAUGUGGUUUCAGAUAUUUUCAAUGAUCGAGAUAAGGAGAGUAUCUUAAAGACCACCAUUGAUCAGGAGACUCCAUUUGACACUUGGUAUUGGCAUAUGGAUCUCCAUGGCGUUUAUACUGUAAAGGAGGCUUACCGAUUGAUGCACCAUGCAGAAGUCACUAAUACUAGUGAUUUUGAGAUCAAGAUUUGGAAAAUUGCAUGGAAACUCCAGGUUCCACCCAAAGUGCACCAACUUAUGUGGCGUGCUUUGUCUGGUUGUUUGGCUACUAAGGUUCAACUUAAUACCAAACACAUUCCUCUAGACCAGACCUGUCCUAUGUGUAACCAAAUGCCUGAGACUACUAUUCAUCUUCUGGUGCAAUGUCCCUUUGCAAGGUUUUGUUGGCAUCUUUCGGCCUUAACCUGGAGCAAUGUGCCUAUGGAGACGUUUUGGGAUUGGUUUAGUCGGACUCUGGUACAACAUUCGACCUCGGCCCAAGAAGAAUUGCUAAUGGUUAUUUGGGCGAUCUGGUAUGCCCGUAAUGAGUUAGUUUGGCGAGACAAAUCGAUGUCAACAGCGGAGGUUAUUUUAUUGGCAAGAGUAGUCCUUAAUCAAUGGAGAAAUGCUCAAAAAAGGAGAAUGGGUUCUCUACUUGUACCUUCGGGGACAAGUAUGGAAUUGGAGCAUUGGGUGAAACCGGUUAUGGGGAAGAUUAAGGUAAAUGUCGAUGGUGCAAUCUUUGCAAGAGACGGACAAUUUGGAGCGGCUGGGGUGGCUCGGGAUUAUCAGGGCCGGUUCGUGGAAGGGUUCACAGUCUUGCGGGUGGGAAAGGUGGAUUUGGCUCUGGCUGAAUUGAUGGGGGUUAAGGAGGCUUUGAGUUGGAUAAAGCGCAAGCAAUGGGGUCCAGUUGAGGUUGAAACCGAUUCUUUGGUUGUUGUUCAGGCAAUUCAAAGUACAGUUACUAUUCCUUCGCCUUUUGUUCUUCAGGUGGCGGCUUGUCGUUCUCUUCUGGCCGAUCUACCGUCAGUCACAAUUACUUUUGUUAAACGGUCUGUAAACAAAGCUGGUAGCUCUUGUUUGUACCCAGAUCGUAUUUUUAGUGAGGAUAAUGUUCCCACUGAUUUUCUUUCUAUUGUAAUGGAUGAUUCUUCUAUUUAA